AUGGCUUUGCUGGGGCUGCUCGUGCUGCUGGCCCUGGCCGGGCCCGUGGUGGCCACCUGGGACACCUGCAGAGGCACCUGCGGGCUCCGGCCCAUGGCCUUCGACCACAGCUCGGUGGACCCCGAAUAUUCCCAGGAUUCUAACUUCGGAUCCUUGGAUGCUGCCGAUGACAUCUCGCAGGACGUGGGUGGCACCGGGGUCCACCCGGGGGCCUGGCCCGGUGUCAUCAGCAUCCAGGCCACCCUGGACAAUGGCACGUGGCACAUGUGCUCGGGGGCACUCAUCCACCCCCAGUGGGUGCUCACGGUCGCCAGCUGCUUCGUUGGGGCUGGGGACAUCUCCAGGUGGGAAGUGGUGAUCGGGGCCACAGACCUGGCUGAGCCGGGCCCCGAGGCCGAGCUGCGCCACAUCCAGACCCUGCUGUUAAACCAAAAUUACAACCCUGCCACGGCCACCAACAACAUCGCCCUGGUGGAGCUGGAGCAGCCCGUGGAGUGCAGUGACUACAUCCAGCUGGGCUGUGUGCCCGACAGCUCCCUGGCAGUGCCCGAGCUGAAAACCUGCUACAUGGCGGGCUGGAGAGCCACCCCGGACAGCGGUCAGUGCCCCCGGGGGCUGAGCCUGGCUCUGGGGCUGGGCCUGGCUGGGGGCUGGGCCUGGCUCUGCGGCUGA